GUCAUCAGCUCCUUCGCGGACUCCUUACGCACCAGCUCAUUUGAAAAAGUAGAGAGUAGCAAUGGAGAGUGAGUGAAGAAAGCAAGUGUUCUAAAGCGGAUCGACAGGGAAGUGUAGAGGGAGGAGUAAAGGGACUCUUUGAUCUGCUUUUUAAGUUCUGGGCCUUGAUUCAUAUUUUUGAACUGGGUGACCAUGUGUCCUUCAGCACCUGUUCCUUCGCUUGUUAAUAUUGAAUUCCAUUUCACUGAUGAAGAGCUUGUAGAACAUUUGGAAAGAAUGGUCCGUGGGGCUCCUCUUCCAGAAAAUGUGAUUACAGAUGUGAACCCUUACAAUGUUUCGCCCUGGAAUUUGCAUGAUGAAAUCUGGUACUUCUUCAAUUCGGAGGCCCCUAAAGCUACACCUGCUGGAUAUUGGAAAGCUACAGGGGAGGGACGUAAAAUACCAAAAAAUGAUACAACUAUUGGUUGCAGAACUACUUUGGAAUUUUAUGAAGGCAGAACUCCUUGUGGAACUAAAACUGAUUGGAUGAUGUAUGAAUACAAGUUAUAUCAGGAGGGACACUCUGAAAAGAAUGAGGCGCAGGAUUCCAGCUCACUGUGUAGGGUCUUUCUCAAUAGCAUCCGAAGUCCAAACCAUGAAGAGCACCAGAACCGUACUCGGGCAGAUGAUGCUAAGGGAGAUUAUAAUCAACCAAUGCCACCAAUCAGGGUGAACGAAUAUGGCUUGAGUAGGUCUCAGGUGAAUUAUGAUAUUGAUGAGAAUGAACCGACAGCUGUGUCUCUGCUGGUGCCAGAACAAAGGCCUGAUAAUCCAAUUCAGGACCUGGAUGAAAGCUAUGAUUUCUCAGGAGGAGACUUCUUGGAAUUACUUGAUCUUGUUGAUCCUAAAUCUCCUUCCAGUAGUGAAAAUUCAAGUUGCUUGACCUUGUCAUCGGAAGAAUACUUUGAUUCUUUGGCCUUGCUGCGGGAUAUCGAGGCUGAAAGUACACAGAAAAAACCAGACAAAUCAAUGCAAAGUUAAGUCACUAGUGACUUAACUCCUAGUAGGACAAUUGGAAAUAGUGUAAAUAGAACAGCACUUUUAGCAAAAAAUAAGUAAAACAGUAGGUAAACAACAGGGUCUAACAAUCCCUACAACCUCAACAAUAGUGAACAAAAUUCCUAGUAUGAUUUCAGCCAAAGAAAGAAUCAACAGCAGCCAAAUAUGGCCUAUUGCAGAGCAUGAACUAGAGUUAAAAAAUCCAGAAAGCAAGAAGCUUCAGAAGAAACAGUAAAAACACUUGGAUGGGCCUCAUUUUCCCAUUUAGUGGGGGUCUAGAAGGGUUGAAUAAAUCCUCCAAAUCUCAGUCUAAAACAAUGGCUAGAUGCUGAGAUAUUUGAAGGUCUCUUAAUCAAAGAGUGGCAUCAACAUUUUGCUCCACAUUCUCCUCAACAACUGAAUCACAUUUGUUUUUCCCAACAGUUUGUCCACAGUCUCCUCAGUAAUUGAAUCACAGUUGUAAAUCCCAACAGUUUGCUGAAUAUCCCUUAUUAUAUAGGGAGUACCAUUCCACUUACUUAUUCUCAAUCUUAUCGGAUUGAAAACCAGAUCCGACUUCAAAAUCUUGGCCUACAUUUCAAUCAGGUUGCUAAACAAGCAACCUCCCAAAAGUUUGCUGAAUAUCCCAUAUUAUAGGGAAUACCAAUCCAGUUCCUUAUUCUUAAUCCUAUCGGAUUGAAAACCAAGUCCGACUUCAAAAUCUUGACCUGCAUUUCAAUCAGGUCGCCAAACUGUUGAAGGUCUCUUAAUCAAAGAGUGCCAUCUCCACAAUCUCCUCAACAACUGAAUCACAGUUGUAAAUCCCAACAGUUUGCUGAAUAUCCCUUAUUAUAUAGGGAAUACCAAUCCAGUUCCUUAUUCUCAAUCUUAUCGGAUUGAAAACCAAGUCAGACUUCAAAAUCUUGACCUGCAUUUCAAUCAGGUCACUUAAACUGUUGAAGGUCUCUUAAUCAAAGAGUGCCAUCAACAUUUUGCUCCACAUUCUCCUCAAAAACUGAAUCACAGUUGCAAAUCCCAACAGUUUUCUGAAUAUCCCUUAUUAUAGGGAAUACCAAUCCAGUUACUUAUUCUCAAUCUUAUCGGAUUGAAAACCAAAUCCGACUUCAAAAUCUUGCCCUUCAUUCCAAUCGGGUUGCUAAACAAGAACCAGAUUUUCGUCAUAUGGAUAAAAUCCCAUCCGAAGAACUUUCUUUAAAGAUUUAUCUAAAAUAGAAAAAUCCUUUUUAGAAUUCUUAAGGGAACCAAACAAAUCUUGUUAGAUCUGUCAUAGCUGAAGUAAAAAAUCUACCUCUAGUAUAUUUCCCUCAUGCAGGAGAUUUCUUAAUCCUAGAAACAGAUGCAAGUAAUGAGCAUUGAGGGGAAGUACUGCAGUAUUAAAAGCUAAACCCCCAAAAAAUAAAGUCUUAGAAGCAGUCUGGAUAUUACUCUGAAGAUCUCAGCAAUAGAAAGGAAGGACCAGAUUUGGUGACUAAUUGCCACAGGGAUGAAGGGCCAGUGGAUGGCCCUUAAAUUAAUAUUGAAUAGCAGGGCUGGGAUGUUCAUGUGAAAAGUGUUUUGGCCUUCUAGACGUCACAUCCACAAGGAAGCUUUCAGCCAAGAUCCCACUGCUGGGUCUCAUGAGAUCUGAUAUGGAUCCUCCAUCUAAAUCUGAUCGAUGGCUAAUCUCUCUCCUACACAGCUGCUGCUCAAGAUCCUCUUAAUAAGCUGCUCUAUAUGGAUGAGAGGAGCAAACAUGGGCUGCUUGAUAGCUUAAAUUAGGGCCAUCUCUGAACCAGAUUUGGAGCCCCAAUCGAGGACUUGGUCUACAUCACAAAUUCUACAUUCUGUGCCUCUACAUCUCACAGACCCAAACAGAUGGUUCUCAAGCCAACAUCUUCUGGUUCAGCAGUACAGCAGCAUGUCCUUGAGAGCAAGAUGCAAAAAACAUGUUGCAGUUCAAGGUCCCUCUACAAACUUAGCAAAUUCCUUGGCAUCAUCAAAUGGUCUUCCAGCGUAUUCAGAUGGAAAAAGAGAGGUUGUUGGUUGGAUGACAAAGCUUAGGAAGAAAUAUUGGUGCUUCAUUCCAUUCUAGCUAUCUUAUGUGUGACUUUUUAUAUAUAUAUAUAUAUACAUAUGUACAUGCUGUAUGUUUUAUAAAAGUGUGUAGGUCACAUUGUUUAGGCUUCCUUUUGCUUGAUUUGGAAUGACUUGAAGUUAACGACGUAGUCAUGUUAGGUAAAAUAUUGUUAUCAUUGGCUAAUAUGAUUGUAUUGCCUACUUAAAUUCCUUACCAUGUUUAGUAAUCAUACUUUUCAGGUGUAAUUUUUAUUCUACUUUUCAAGUCCAAGGAUUUAGAUGCAAGGUAAAGUAAAAUUUAAUAACCAAAUUUGGAAUGAUUUGAAAUUAGUAACGCAGUCGGGUUAGGUAAUGAUUACAAAAGUUUCUGUUUUAAGUUUGAAAAUUUUCACUUCCUUACCCUUUAUUUCUCUUGCAACCAGACAAAUUGGAUAACGAAAAGAAAGUAAAUAUGAGCAUUUUAUUAUAUGUACUCUUUUUAGAGAAAAUCUUAUUGAAAAGGAGAAUGAGUACAAGCAAUGGCUUCAGCAAUAUAGAGAUCAUGAAGCCAAGAAGAGGAGAGUGGCCAUUCUAUCAUAAUCGUGGAUGACAGGGCCUUUCAAGCCAGGGUAUCCGCUAUCUUGUUGAUACACCGUGGAAUGAAGUGGAAAGAGAUGUGAGUAAAGGAAGACAUUUAGUGCUUGAUAUCUUGUAAGGCCGCUGCUUCCGACAGAGGAGGAGCUCGAGGGUUCUCAUCUGUAAGAUUGGAGAUGGAAAGAUUCAUAGGAGGCACGACCCUGCUGGAAUUCAUUGAAGGCGUGUUCUGCUCGUGCGGGCUUCAAUUUCAAGGGAGCUUCCAUGAAUCAAGCCCUCGAAGGCAUUGUUUGGCUGAAAGACCAGCUCAAGAUCCCCAAAGCCAUGCACUACUCCUUGCCAGUGGCGAGCGUGUGUGUCCAAUCCUCUGCAUUGCUGUGAUGAUAACACAGCCAUGCUGGCUGUUUGUGCGGUGGGGAUGAUCCAUACCAUGUCCUUGAUUCACGACGACCUCCCUGUAUGGACGAUGAUGAUCUCCGUCGGGGGUAGCCCACCAAUCACCUAGUCUUUGGCAAGGAUGCGACUGUCCUUGCUGGUGAUGCUUUGCUGGCCUUCCCAUUCGAGCACAUCGCCACUGCAACUGUAGGGGUUACGCCAGCGAGGGUCGUCUGUGUCGUCGGUGAAUUGGCUAAGGUGACUGGGGGGGUGCGGCGGGCUAGUCUUAAGGCAGGUGGUGGAUAUUGGUUCGGCAGGGCUUUCUGAUGUUGGAUUGGAGUAGCUUGAAGUUCAUCCACAUCCACAAGACUGCUUCCUUGCUUGAAGGAUCAGUGGUUCUUGGAGCGAUUAUGGGUGGUGGAUCUGAUGAGCAAGUUGAGAAGCUGAGGAAAUUUGCGAGGUCUAUCAGGUUGCUGUUUCAGGUGGUGGAUUCCUUCAUGUCACCAAAUCUUCGGAGUCGGGGAAGACGGCCGGCAAGGAUUUGGUGGCUGAAAAGGUCACUUAUCCAAAUUUCCAUUGAUUUUUCCUCUUGUACUUAAAAACAUCUUCAUCUGAAGUUCUUGGCAAACUCCAGCGGAUUUGUAGUGGUGUUGUGGAGCUCCCUUUACACUUUGAAACUGAACAAAGAGUUCCACAUAAUUGCUCUAGUUUAACUUGUUCCAAUUGCAACCA